UCCAAACCCUUUUGUUCUGUCCUCCACCCCUCACAGAAAUGGGAUUCUCCUCAAAUUCCAAUAAUCAAGAAACCCUCUUUUCUUGAUUUUCUCUGUUUGUUAAUUACGUUUGAUUGGUUGCAGAUAGGGUUUCGUAUGUUUUAAUUUCUGGAUCAUCGAUCGAAUCCAUCGAUUAUUGCUGCUCAAAUUUUGUAAUUUCCUCAAAAUCUGAAACCCUAGCUAGACGAAUUUUGCUAAAGAAUCUUCAAUUCGAUCUGUUAAUGGAUACGACGUCGUUCCCAGAUAUGGAAAGCUCAAAUUCCGGCGGUGGCGGCGGCGGUGGUUAUGCUUCCGCCUCCGCCGCCGCCUCGUCGUCGUCCUCCUCCGGCGCUUCCGCGUUCAACAAUCUCAGCCGCUACGAGAACCAGAAGCGGCGCGACUGGAACACGUUCGGACAGUACCUGAAGAACCACCGGCCGCCGCUGUCCCUCAGCCGCUGCAGCGGCGCUCACGUGCUGGAAUUCCUCCGGUACCUCGAUCAAUUCGGUAAGACCAAAGUCCACGCGCUUAUCUGCCCCUUCUACGGUCACCCCAACCCGCCGGCGCCCUGCCCCUGCCCGCUCCGGCAGGCCUGGGGCAGCCUCGACGCCCUCAUCGGCCGGCUCCGCGCCGCCUUCGAGGAGAACGGCGGCAAGCCGGAGACCAACCCUUUCGGCGCCCGAGCCGUCCGCCUCUACCUCCGCGAGGUCCGGGAUCUACAGUCCAAGGCCAGAGGGAUUAGCUACGAGAAGAAGAAGAGAAAACGCCCCCCGCCGCCGCACCACGCCGCCGCGCAACCACCGCCGCCGGCAGGGUUCAAUUUGAUGAAUAGUUUGCAGUAACGUUGAACAAGAAAUUAAAUUUACAGCUGAUUUUACAGAGGGGUAAUCUGUAAUGGCAGUGUGAGUUCAUGUGGAAGUGUAUUCAUAGUUAGGUUGCUACAGUGCGAUCAUCUAUGCAAAUUAAUUAAUAUUAUUAUUGAGCUUUAUAUAUAUAUAUAAUUAAAAUAAAUAAAUAAAUAUAUAAAAUAUUUAUGAAUUGUAUGUAGUGGUGUCUUUUCAACCACAGUGUUUGUUGAUAAUUGGCAGACACAUUUUCUCCAUAUAAGGUUCAUAAAUAAUAUAGUCAGAAUGUGUCUACACAUCUGAAUUAUU